AUGGCCUCUCAUGUUGUCUCUGCUAUGGCAGUCACUCCAUCAGGACCAAAAAGAAAUCUCCAUUGCUGGUCUGAGCUUCCUCUAGAUCUCAUGCGAUUGGUCUUCGAGCGCCUUGGAUUUGCUGAUUUCGAACGAGCUAAAUCCAUUUGUCCAUCAUGGCGAUCCGCUUCGAGACAAUCUAAGCCAAACAAUCAAAUCCCUUGGAUGUUUCUAAUCCCCAAGGACAAGAACUACGGUCUCCUGUUCAAUCCUGAAGAAAAAGACAAGGUUUACAAAACUCAAGAUGCCGGCAACGACUUGGGAAAGAGUUCUUGUGUGGCGACUUAUGGAAGCUGGCUUUUGUUGAUAACUUAUACUGAGGAGGUUUAUCUAUAUAAUCCAUAUAUUUUAAAUCUUUUAAUAGGCGAGAGGAUCAAUGUACCGAGUUUUGAAUCAAAUUAUGGGCUCAUCUCUCCGGUGUUGUGGAUAGACGAGAAAACAAAAGAUUACCUUGUUAUAGUGAUGUUUGAUGAAGAAAAUGCGGUUUCUAUCAAGAAAGGAGAUAGCUCGUGGAAACCAAUCACCCAGUUGUCAUUGUCAUCUAUCGAGGAUUGUUUUAACAUGAUAUACAAGGAUCACAAGCUUUAUUUUCUCAAUUAUUAUAAACUCACAAUUUUUGAUUUUUCUGGACAUGUUCCCUUGCAAGUUUUCAAAAUCAGCGUACGUGGAUGCGUAAAAAGAGCGGUAGGUGGAGCCAUUAGACUUCCUGGGACCAUUCCAUGCAAACGCUACUGGGCUUGUUAUAAGAAUAAUAUGGUAGUCACUGUAGAUGGGGAUGUCUUAAUUGUUAAUAGCAUGCGAGAGGGUAUGUCCUACAUAUGGAACUUUAAAAUCUACAAGAUGGGUUCAUCGAUGGGGAGAAAGUGGGAGGAAGUUGUUUCUUUGGGAGACGAGGCGAUUCUUUUGGAGUUAGGUAUCACAGUGCUUGCCAAAGACAUGGAAGGAAUCAAGAGAAAUUCGAUCUACUUCAAUGGUUCUGAUUUAGUAAAUCCAUAUGACAAAAAUGAUGUUUUCAUAUUCAAUCUUGAUUCAAAGAAAGUUGAACACCCGCAUCAAUUUGUUUGUUCGUCCGUUUUAUGCUCUAAUGCAAGAUGGUUCUUACCAAGUUUCAAACGUGAAUGCUUAAUCAUUGUAAACAUAUGGAGAGCCUCUUAUUAG